UCCCCCCAAAUCUUUAAACGCGCCUCUCUCCCCCAGAUUCAAGAAGCUCUCUUCCCCCCUCCGCCGCCUUCCACUUCUUGCCCUAAUCCUCCCCACUUCCCCAGAUCUUUGCCCUAAGGCGAGCCCACCAUGCCUCCUCCGCCGCAGCCCGGCGACCCCGCCGCGUCCACCCCCGCGGACGACGGGCUCGUCGCUUUCCUCCGCAUGAAGCUCGCCGGCGAGGCCCUCCCCGCCGCCGCCGGGACGCAUUUCCACGACUGCGACAUCUACGCCGCCGAUCCAGCCACGCUCACGGCGGGGUACCGGCCGGCCCCGGUGAGGAAGGGCGAGGGCGGCUCCUGGUUCUUUUUCACCCACGUGAGGCCCAAGAGCAGCAGCGACAGCCGCAAGAAGCGCGUGGUCGGCGGCGGCGCGGGCACGUGGCACUCGGAGCGCGCUCCGCGGGCCGUGCUCGACGGCGAGGGCAACUGCGUCGGCCACAGCCAGUACUUCUCGUACAAGCGCAAAAACGGCAAGAACAGCAGCGAGAGGACCGACUGGUACAUGGUGGAGUUCACCGAGGGCCAGGAAGGGGAUCACGAGCGCAUCCACGGCGGCGAGCCCGUGCUGGUUCUUUGCAAGAUCUACAGGGCUCACUCCGGCUCAAGAUCAUCAUCAUCAUCCUCGCGAUCGGCGCGCAAGAGGAAGGCCACGGAGGAGCACGCCGACGCGUCCUCCGCUCCCGUGAAGGCAAAGCGGCGACUUUUCAAUUCCUCUGCUCCAACACUGCUGCCCGCGUCACAGGAACAGGUCAGCUCCAGAGUCACAAUGGUCACGUCUCGAUUGGAAUCGCAGGGCGAGGCUGCAAUGUUCGAACAAGAGGAUUGUCAUGGCGAGCUCGGUGAUGCAUUGGAUCAACUCAUCUUCUGGGCAUCGCAGAGUAAUGCAUCAGAUUAUCUCAAGCUCUCUCCCAAUCCAGAGGCGUCACAGGAACAGGUCAGCUCCAGGGUCACGAUGGCCAGUAAUACAUUGGAUGGACUCAUCUUCUGGGCAUCGCAGAGCAAGAUGGACAGUACAUCAGAUUAUCUCAAGUUCUCUCCCAAUCCAGACGUGUCGGCGUCGCAGAGCAAGACAAGCACUACACGUCCUAGCUUGUUCAUGUCCGAAACAGAGAUGUCUCAGGGUAACAUCGGUGGUACAUUGGAUGAUAUCAUAUUCAGACCCGAACCAGAGCCGUUGCAGGGUAUGAUCGGCAGCCCAGCAGAUUAUCUCAAGUUACCUCCCGAACCAGGGGCAGCGCAGAACAUGGUAAGCACUAAAUCUCCCAGCCUUUUUAUGUCUGAAUCAGAGACGACGUUUCAGGGCAAGAUCAGCAGCUCAUCGGAUUAUCUCAGAUUCUGGUCUGAACCAGAAGCAUCGCAGGGUACGAUCGACAGCCCAUCAGAUCAUCUCAAGUUCAAUCCCGAACCAGAGGCAGCGCAUAACAUGGUAAGCACUAAAUCUCCCAGCCUUUUUAUGUCUGAAUCAGAGAUGACGUUUCAGGGCAAGAUCAGCAGCUCAUCGGAUUAUCUCAGAUUCUGGUCUGAACCAGAAGCAUCGCAGGGUACGAUCGACAGCCCAUCAGAUCAUCUCAAGUUCAAUCCCGAACCAGAGGCAGCACAAAACAAUACAAACACUACACCUCCCAGCUUGUCCAUAUCUGAACCAGAGACGACUCAGGGCAAGAUUGGCAGUACAUCAGAUUUUCUCAGAUUCUGGCCUGAACCAGAGGCAACGCAGAAGAUCGGCGGUACAUCAGAUUAUCUCAAGUUCUUGCCCGGAACAGAGGCAUUGCAGAAGGCAAGCACUACACCCAGCCAGUUGAUGUUCGAGCCAGAGGUGCAGGUGCCGCAGGGUGAGAGUGAGACAGCAACAUUCAACUGGGGCCAGAUGACUGGCAGUUGCGCCGCUCCUGCACCUUCACAUUGCUAUGGGAUGACUGAUUUAGACGACAGCUACUGGAGAGGCAACAACAACAACACGGUAUCUUGCUGCCAUGGUGUGGGAUGUUUUGUUGGAGCGCCACCCACCUUAUGCAGCACCGCAAGAAUUCCAAUCAACCCAAGCGUUUGCGGCGGUCCAGCUCUUUGGAGCUGCUAAUCUGAGAGUGCAGAGGAGCCGUGUGCGCUGUGCAGUGAGGACGGAUUGUAGUACGGAGCAUUCUCUUCAUUUAUUUUUUCAGCUGUCCAAAGCAUAUGUAUAGGUUUUGUUUGUUUUUCCCCGUCCAUCAUCAUACAAUGAAGUUGUAACACCAAUGCAAUUGACAUAUGUCUCUUUCAAUAUGUUAUAGUAUCUGUAUCUAUACUUAUUGAACUCUAA